AUUAAAAAUAUAAACAAAAUGAAAACCUCAGUGUUGUGUUUAUUUUUGAUUAUUUCUAUUAUUUCAAUUUAUGCCGAUGAUAAAGAAGUUGAGAAUCAUAAAGAAAAACGUGAUGGUGAUGAUAAAGCACUUACUCAUAAAGUUGAUGAUGGAACAAGAGAGGAGCGUGAUGAUAAAGAGAAACGUGAUGAUAAAGAAAAACGUACCGAAAAGACUAUAACAGGAAAGAAGCAUGUCGAAGCAGAUGAGGCAAAAACCGAAACUUCUGGUGCUGAUGAACGUGAAAAGCGUAUUACAGGAAAGAAACCAACAGAAAAGAAACCUGUUGAGGAAGUUUCUGACGAAACAAGAGAAAAACGCACUACUAAAGAAAAGAAGCCUACAAAACCCGCUGACGCUGAAGAGUCAGUAGCUGAAGAGAGCCGUGAAAAGCGUGCUACCCCAAAAAAGGAAAAGCCAAAAGCCGCUGAGGACGAAUCUAAAGUUGAAGAGGAGACUCGCGAGAAGCGCUUAACUGGAACCCCAAAGAAGACAAAACCUGCUGACGCUGAGGAAGAGACUCCUAAAGUUGAGGAAGAGACUCGUGAGAAGCGUUUGGCAACAACAAAAAAGGAAAAGAUCAAGCCAGCUGAUGACGAAUCUAAAGUCGAGGACGAGACUAAGGAAAAGAGAACUACAAAGAAGGAAAAGACAAAAACAGCUGAUAUUGCAGCAGAAGCAGACGAACCCAGAGAGGAGCGUAUGACAAAGAAAACUAGCACAGCAGAGAAAAAGCCAAUUCAUACCCGCGCAGCUCGUGCAACAAAGACUGGAACCAAAACAAUAGAACCAAAAGGAAAGGGCCAUUAA